AGCACGGAUGCCGCGUCCUCACACCCACGAUCCCGGGCUGAGCUGGCUGUCCCCCAUGUGGAGCUGCCGCCGCUUCAGAGAGCCGAUGUCGCAGGAGAGCGACGUGCAGGAGCGGCCGGAGAGUCGUGAAGAAGAUGACAGAAAAGUAAGAAGGAGAGAAAAGAAUCGAGUUGCUGCACAGAGGAGCCGGAAGAAGCAAACUCAGAAAGCAGAUAAACUUCACGAGGAAUAUGAGUCUCUUGAGCAAGAAAAUACCUCCCUAAAAAGAGAAAUUGGAAAGCUAACAGAUGAAAUGAAACACUUGAGUGAAGUGUUGAAGGAUCAUGAAAAGAUCUGUCCACUAUUGCACUGCACCAUGAACUUUGUGACCAUACCAAGGCCUGAUGCACUUGCCAGCUGCCUACCAAGAUGAGUGCUCUCCUCAAUCACCUCUCAAUGUGAUGUGUGAAAGUGCCAUUAACAGGAGGUUUCAAGAACUGCCUGGUUCUUUCAUUGAAGAGGGCUGGACUCUACCAUGCAGUUACAGUCUUCUGAAUCUCAGGAAAACACCAGUAUGGAAAAAAAAGACAAUUUGAACAGCAGCUUCUAACUUGGUAGACUCUUCAAGCCAUGGUUUUGCCUUUGGAAAUGUCAAAGUGCGGUGCAGCCCACUAUGGAGCGAUGGAGUGUAGACAGGGAAAAGUACCGACCUCAGCCUGGGAUGCCUUUCUCCCACACAUCCACUGCCAGUAGCCCUUUGUCACUUGUCACCCAUGCAUGUCAUGAUCUGGCUGAUGGGUUUUAUCUCUCUAAACAGUUUUGGUUAAUAAAAGUGGUGUCUCAUCUCUAUAAUGUUCUCCACCUUCUUCAGUAAUUGUUGUCCUUGUAGCAUCUCUGCUUUUCAUUUGCUGGUCAAUGCCAAAAUCUAAUGCUAAUCUUCCUGUUAGUUCUAUUGUUUGCUUAUUGCCUCUUCAUUGCUUCCUCUUUUGAAGUGUGUGUAACAAAAGAGUUUUCAUAGUCUUUGAUAUUCCAAAUCAUCAGCCCUGCUAGCAUUAGUCCUUGGAGUGUUUUAUAUCCUAAAAUACGGCUUGGUCAUUUUCUGAUGGUGAUUGUCUGUUCUGUGUGGAAGAAACAGAGUUUGAUGGUUUUAAACAUUGUUUUAAAAAACAGAUUUUAAAAUUUACUCUUUUAAUGCACCCACUGGAAAUGAACAAGUUUCUUCAUCCUUCCUUCAUCUUGCUUAUUACCUCUGGAAGAUUAGGUCUGUGGAUUGAGUUUUUGCUAAGCAUUUUGUUCUAUGUCCACACUGAAGGUGUUUGAUAAUUGCUUGAAAGAAAACAUUCUGUUUUCUUUUUUAGUUACAAAAAGGAAGCACGAUUGCAAUAUUAUUGAGAAAUACACAGAAAAAUGUGUUUACUUUCUCUGAAGAUUCCUAAUAGUGUCAACCUCUUGAAAUGUGGAUGCUGUAGCUUGGGAACCAGCAAAGAGUCUUUUUCUCACAGUAUUUCACAGUUAAAGAGCACCUUUGGAUAAUAAAAAUCUCCUCCCCA